UGUCAGAAGCGGCGUUAGCACAACACAACUUGUAAUGAUUCUAUGAUUCUUCUGCUCCGACUUUGAACUUAAUAUCUACUUAGGACAUCAGAGGAAUCAUAACUUUAGGAUGGCUGAUUCGGGCUCAGGUGACCCCAGUGGUCAGCGGGCGCCAGCUCCUGGAGGGAGCGGCGUAGGACUGCUGAUGGGCCGCCGACCAUCAGCCGGCAUCUCUCCCGCCCGCCUGCCUUCAAUGCGAUCAAGAGACCUCACCCUAGGAGGAGUGAAGAAGAAAACGUUUACACCCAACAUUAUCGGCCGUAAAGCCAAAGAGGAAACAAAAGCUGAGGGCGGGCAAAGGAGAGAGAGGAAGGAUGCUGAACGAGGUCGAGGCCCAAGAGAUAGAGGCAGGGGCCGAGGUCGCCCAGAGGUCAUCCAGUCCCACUCUAUUUUUGAACAGGGGCCUGCAGAGAUGAUGAUGAAAAAGAAAGGUGGCUAUGAAAACGAAAGAGAGGCUCCGAGUGUGGGGCCUUCACCCAUCAUCAAUAUUAAAAAGGAGAAGCGGGAGACUGAGGAGGAGACUAAGGAGAUCCUGCGCAGUCUGGAACGAGACAAUUUAAUAGAUGAUCCCUUCCUGAGAAGUGAGCAGAGGAGCUGCCCUGUCCAGCUUCCCCUUGCUGUGUCAGGUUGGGGGUUCAAGGAGGAAUUUAGUAACUCUCCUGUUAAAAUUGAGAAAAUGGAGGAGGAUUGUGAACCCAUGGAGCCUGCAGUUAAAGUUAAACAGGAGCCAGAGGAAGUGGAAAUAAAGAAGUCAGAGGUAGCUUUCAAGCCUCCCCCUCUACCCGAGCCUGAGGUUCUGCAUGACCUGCUGCAAAGAUGGAGUCUGAGCAAAGAGGAGGAGCUGUUCUUCAUGCAGCUGCCGGACUCGCUGCCCGGCCAGCCUCCCACCAUAGAGCACCGGCCGGUGAAGACAGAGGUGCAGUCAGAGGAUGGACAGUCUGUGCUUCUGAAAACAGAGUCUCAGGAAGAGGAAACUGAAGAGAACAGCUGCAAUCUGAAAGAUCUGCGGGAGGGACUUGUAGGAAAGAUGCUGGUGAGGAAGUCUGGCCGGGUACAGCUCAUACUGGGACAAGUGACACUUGAUGUGUCUCUGGGAACAUCAUGCUCUUUUCUUCAGGAGCUGGUCUCUAUUGGUACGGAGGGAAGAACAGGUGACUUGACUGUGUUAGGAAAUGUCAAACACAAAAUGGUUUGUUCCCCAGACUUUGAGGCUCUAUUGGAGGGCAGCGCUUGAUGCUCAUCAGAGCAGCGAAGCCUCUUCAAUCUUGACAGAUGGAUGCACUUGUGGUAGGUUGAGAUGUUGACAACAUGCUCACUGUUACUGUGGACUGUACCUUUGGGGCUUGACAUCCAACAGAAGUUGAUUGUGCUUAUGUGUUUACAGAGUGGCUAUAAUAACAUAUUGAAAUACACUAUCUGUAAAUAUGAAACAUAACAGGUUUUAUUUUCUUCUUGUGGAACAGGUAUAUUAAUUCAAAGGUUGAAUGGUUUGCCAAAUGUCAGUCCUGUUUUCAUUUCUCUGUAUCUGAAAUUACUUGACAAGGUUGUACAUGGAUGUAAAUGUGUGAAUAA